AUAAGUCCCUACGUUUCCGUACAAAGUGAUUACCACACGCACGCGGCACGCGCUCUGCUCCGGUUCUGCUGUUCGAUAAACUGCUCAGGAAUUGUGCUACCCAGUCAUGGUUAUGCGAAGCUCUCCGUUAACCGGCUGGAAGAAUGUCAGUACCGGCUCGGAUGCGGAAUGUCACCGGCCCCCUACAAGAAUAGCGGUUCAGGUGGCUCAGGGCUACAUCUAUGGCGUCAGGGAGAACCUUCCGAAUGGCGAGAAUUAUUUUUACUUCAAAGGCGUUCCGUACGCGAAGCCCCCGGUGGGAAAUCUACGCUUCAUGUCACCUGUUCCGAUUGAAAAGUAUCCCGUUUCCUAUUUGGACUGCACGACGGAAAGAAGCAACUGCAUAGGUUUGGACGUGCUGAGUAAAGAAGUUACCGGCUCCGAGGAUGGAUUGUACCUUAAUAUUUAUUCUCCGAAAUUACCUCGGAAGAAUGAACCGGUUGAGAAGCUACCUGUUAUGGUGUUUAUCCAUGGCGGAGGACUUAUUGGGGGCCACGCCGACAGUUCAAUGUAUUUACCCAGUUAUUUGCUGCAGGAAGGUGUUAUAGUUGUUACCGUGAAUUACCGCUUAGGAGUUCUUGGAUUUCUCUGCUUACCACAAGCAGGGAUCGAAGGCAAUGCUGGACUGAAGGAUCAGAGAAUGGCUUUGCGAUGGAUCAACCAGAACAUCGAAAAGUUUGGUGGGGAUCCAAAUAAUGUUACCAUGUUUGGGGCAAGCUCAGGUGCCAUAGCGGUAAAUUUCCACUGUCUCUCGAAGGAAUCGAAAAAGUACUUCCACAAAGGGAUCCUACAGAGCGGAUCCGUUUAUACGGAAUUUGGACACCAGGAUGAGCCGGAGAAGAAAGCUAGAGAUUUGGCACAACUCCUGGGGUUCACUCCUACUACAGACGAGGAGGUGUUACACAUUUUGAGAAGUGCUCCAGCGAGGAAGCUUUUCGAAUUGCAACAUAAAGUAAUAAAUAAACGUGAGCUGCUGGUUGAGAAAUGCUUUCAGAUUCCAUUUUUGCCGGUAAUCGAACGGGAAGAAUCACCGGACGCCAUUAUUACAAAGCAUCCGUCCGUAAUCUUGAGUGAACCGGAUGGGAUGGGAAUUCCGAUUAUUUUGGGUUACAACGAGCACGAUGGAAUGAUGGUGUUGAUCGACGCUAUUAAGAAUCUCAACAGUUAUAAUCUAGAACCGGAACGCUUCGUACCCCGAAUUCUCGACGUUGACUGUUACACCCCGGAAGGCCGCCAACUGGGAAAUUACAUCAAACAGUUUUACUUCAAAGAUAAAAACGUUUCACGCGACACCCUGCUACCACUGAUCAAUCUUUUUACAGACAAAUACCUUUUAGCAUAUCGAAUCACGGCAAUACUAUGGGCCAAAUACCAAACCAAAACAAAAAUGUACGGUUAUCGUUUCUCAUUCGACGGGCUGCUCAACAAGGGCAAGGCUGUUACUUCGUUCACCAGUAUGAAAGGGGCCGGCCAUAUCGAUGAGGUUUAUUAUCUGUUCAGCUCUCCGAUCCUGAAGACGGAAGUUCCGAAAACCAACAAAGCUUACGCGAUGCGCCAGAAGAUGGUGCGCAUGUGGACCAAUAUGGCCAAGUACGGAAACCCAACGCCGGAGGAUGAUUCCAGUCUGCCGUUCCGUUGGCUGCCGGUGGAAAACGUUUCUCCUGAUUGCAACGAGCUGACGCAGAACAUCCUCAGUAUUGGCGAUGAAAUCAAAAUGAUGGAGAUGCCGGAGCGAAAGCGGAUGGACUUUUGGACCGAACUGUUCUACAAGUAUAACGGUAACGUGACGAGCGCGAAAAUUCCGACCGCACCGGAGUGGCGGGUCAACGAUUUGAAUAAUAAUGUCUAGAAACACCUCGAUUGCAUAAAUAAGGUUGAAUAAUAAUAUACCUAUCGUAAUAAAUGUGGCUUCGCUUUGUUCUGCCGCCCGGUUAUUGAACUGCGACCGGCAGUUAGGGAAUUUUUUAUGUUGUCGAAAGUUUUUACCAAAAUAAAUUUGAUAUAUUAUUUUCUUAGUUCGAUGACAUUGUGUAGAAUGCUUUGUUUUCAAGCACUUUCUCUAAAUUUAUUUUAACUCAUUCAGAUUAUGAUUUCAUUGAUUAGUGAGAUGAUCAAAAGAGUUAUCCUUCAUGAUGCCUACAGUAGAAAAAUUGUUUAUUUUUUUAAUAGAAGUAUAUUAAAACCAGUUACAUUACAUUAUUCUGAGUAAUCAAAUAAAUAAAUCAAAAAUAAA